AUGACCACGCCCACAUCGCCAACCUCCCUUACUUCCAGUCAAAGGUCCUCGCCCCGGCAGGGCAGUGAAUCUCCACCGUUCUGUGUCCCCGCCAUCGACUCUAAGCGACACCUUCCACGCCAGCGAACCGCUUCGCCCAACCCUCGCAUCUGCCGCAUGCCUCCUCCCCCAGGCUACUCCCCUCUUCUCUCGGCUCCGACUCCUAUAUUCGGCGUAUCCUCUGGUGUAAUCCCGCCCUCCAGGUCUCGUCUGAAGCCUCUGAUCCUCGUGCGCAAACUCGACUUUGGCAUGGUUGAGCGCUCCAGCAUCGGUCGGUCGCCGCUCAGGUCCAGCAUGAAGGACAACGCCCCCAAGCCCCAGCCCCCCCGGAAGCUCCAAGCACUCAAGGGCAUCUUACCUCUCAUCACCCGCGCUGCCUCCGCAAUUCAGGCUCAGACUCGCACCUCCGAUACGCCUUCGCCCAAGUCUCCAACUAUCGUGUGGUCCCCAGCGAGCCGUAAGGUCCCUAUCAGUGGCCGAGGAAGGACUAGACAUGGUUCUCCAGGCGGCACACCAUGCCCCGCCAGAGAUUCACCCUCGGAGAGGCGACUGCUCGGGUUGGGCAUCAACUCACCGAGUCGGAGCUCACCUCUGGCUGGCCGUGGGUCGGUCUCAAGCCCUACGACGUCUUCGUCUCAGCUGUGUAUCGAUAGUGCAAAUUCGGCCUACACCUCCUCGGUGAUUGGCGAGAAUGCAUCGUACACUCCCUCAGAGGAAGCCACUUCGGUGACUCAGCUAAACGCAAGGGCGGCCGCAUCUCCUGAGGAUAUACUCUCUUUGGCCGGUCCCAUUCCGUCCGCGGCGACCUCUUUGGCGUCAUUGAGCUCCGUUCCCGGCGAUGCUCAGCUGGAUAUGAACAGUCAGAUGGCCUUCGCGCCUUCCUUGGAUCUCCGUGAUCCGACAACAGCAACAGUCCCGCAUUCGCUAAAGCUCAGGAUCCCCGAUCUAGCCGAGGGCGUUACGACAGACGCGCAGGUAGCAUUGGAGCUGGCUGAACUGCGCACUCAGCGGAAGGUAUCAGCAUCAGCAUCAGGUGGAACCCCAAGAACAGAUGGGAAUGGUGACCUCGGAGUCGUUGAGCCAGGUCAAGUCGAGAGCCAUCAAGGUAAAUAGACUGAAGAGGAUGUUUUGGAGGCUCCUGGGGCAAAAGAGUUCUAAGGCAUGUUCGAGGAACAUUUCCGCAUGGCCGGACGACUUUUGAGCGCUUGAGCAACCUGUAGUCCUAGUCAUACUUUUGUCGUUAGUGUCAUCAACGCAUACCAUUUGUUUGUCAUGUACCACAUUCUUAGCACGAAGAGAUUCCAGGCGUUCGAUCG